UUUUGCUGCAACAGUAUGGAGGGAGGCGCCGGCAGCGGCAACAAAACCACUGGGUGCUUGGCCGGCUUUUUCGGAGCCGGCAGAGCAGGUUACUCGCACGCGGAUUUGGCCGGCGUCCCGCUAACUGGUAUGAACCCUCUGUCUCCUUAUUUAAAUGUGGAUCCACGAUAUCUUGUGCAGGAUACUGAUGAGUUUAUUUUACCAACUGGAGCUAAUAAAACCCGGGGAAGAUUUGAACUGGCCUUCUUCAACAUUGGAGGAUGUUGUAUGACAGGGGCUGCAUGUGGGGCAAUCAAUGGUCUCCGACUAGGAUUGAAGGAAACCCAGAACAUGGCCUGGUCCAAGCCAAGAAACGUACAGAUUUUGAAUAUGGUGACUAGGCAAGGGGCACUUUGAGCUAAUACUCUAGGUUCUCUGGCUUUGCUGUAUAGUGCAUUUGGUGUCAUCAUUGAGAAAACAAGAGGUGCAGAAGAUGACCUCAACACAGUAGCAGCUGGAACCAUGACAGGCAUGUUGUAUAAAUCUACAGGUGGUCUUCAAGGAGUAGCACGAGGUGGUCUAGCAGGACUAACACUUACCAGCCUUUAUGCACUGUAUAACAACUGGGAGCACAUGAAAGGCUCCUUGCUCCAACAGUCACUUUGAAGAUUUUGCCAACUCAUGAAUGGAGAACACUUUAGUAAUCAUCCAGGUUAAUUUAUAAGUGAGCAUGGAGUUAUUCUAUCUUCUACCUACAAUUAAUUUGAGAAAUAGGAGAUUUUCAUUUGCUAUGAUGAAGAUCAUGGAUGGUUGACCUGGACCGGCACUCCUUCCAGCCAUUAAUGAGUUGCAGUCAAAAACCCUUUAGUGGCUGAGUAAUGUAGUUUUCUUCUUCUCUGGAGAUUUUGCACCUGUUAUCUCCU